UUUUCCUACUCAAUUGUCCAGUUCUUCAAGUACGAUCCUCAUGUUCUACAAGCUCUUCCUUCCGAGGUCAUCCGAUUUCGUUGCUGAAAUUAGACAAGCCGUUUGAUUAAUUUAACAUUUUUGAUAAGUUGUUAUCAGUGGACGAUAAUUAUUCUGCUCCACCGCAAUUGUGAGUGAAGUGUGAGAUCAAGAUAAGUGUGCUUAUUAUUUGAGAAUGACUUAAUCGCGUUAAAGGAAUCCAUCAGAAAAAUAAACGAAGGAGAACAAUGUAAUGCUACUCUUCGUUAAAAAUCAUGAUAUUACACGCACGAGUGUCUGCUAAUUGUACCUAAGACUUUAAAUUUCUCAAACGUCAGAAUAAAAUUUCGAACUAUUGAUCUUCAAGAUGCUUCUCAGGUUGUCAAAGAUGCUCUCCCGUUCCAACUGCAUUUUAAUUUUGGUAAUGUCCAAUCUCGCGAAUUCCGCGCCCUUGAAAUCUCGAAAACGUUUACCGAAUGAGAGCGAGCAAGGCUUUUCCGCCUCCCCGAGGAUUCUGGAGAUACAACUGCCGCUUAAGAUCACUUCGAAGGAAGACCUGAUCGCUUGGUCCAAGUACGUGAUGAGUCUGAUGACAUCCAAGGAAAACUUCACGUCAACUGCCUUGAAGGAUACAUCAUCGAGCGGCACGCAACACGAGAAAUCCUUCAUGGGUAAUUCAGCCUUUAAGUCGAAGGAAACAAUGAAGAAAGGAUAUCUCGGUGAUAAACGACAGAGCUUGAAUUAUCCAUCGCGUAAGCUCAAGGGGUCAUAUGUGCAAAGGCCGGAUGAUAAGGUGGUCGCUUACCCUUUGCCCAUUGGAGGGAUGAAAAAGGUGUCAAAACCACCAGAUCCCUUCGGUAUCCCAACUGCGAACAUCAACGGACCAAUCAAUCGGCAUCUGGGACAGUUGGGGCAAUACUCAAGCUUCAACAACGAUAAUGCCUUUCAACAGAGUCACACCUUUGGGAAUCUCGACGUCUUGGCGCAGCAACCAGCCGGCACGUAUCUUCCCCUGCCCAUGAGAACGAACGAUGUCGCCACGUAUCAGAACAACAGAAACAUUUCAAGUUUCGCGGAGCCGGCGAAGAUUCAGAGUAGUAAAAGUAAUUCCUUCAAUCUUCUAUCUGAUAUUAAGACCUUCAAUGAUGAGCUUGGGCAGGUGGUACCGGUCGCCGUGAGUAAUAGUGUGCUCAAGAAGAAUCGCUCGCGUGAACCUCUGUUGACGUUUCCAUUCCAAGCGGUGAUAACCAUCACUAGACCGGGCCCGACAGAUGCGACGGCCUCGAAGACGCAGUCAAACGAAUACUUUGCGAUUCGUCCUAGAGAUCCUCCUGAUGAAUUCCCACCGUACUUCGAGAAGAACUACACAAUUAAGAGUAAGACCGGACAGAUCAGCGUUAUUUUCAAUGACGCUACCAAUGCGAAUAAGAAAAAGAUAAAGGAGAUAGAAGAAGUUGAAGAAGCGGAAGAAGACGAGAAUGGGAAGAAACAGAAGUCGAGGAAGCGACAGUCUUCUACGUUAGGGGAACUGUUGAGAACGUUAGGCAUCCUGAGGAGACCGCCGAAAAACACGACCGAAGUUAGCGUCGCGACGCCCAUACUUUCUAUCUUGAAAGGUACGAACCCGCAGAAGAUACAAGUGACCUUUGACGAGACGCCUAAUCCUAAUCGGGAAAGGCGCAACGAAACAGUUCCAGAAACGGAACUACAGGAACAGAAUGAAGAUGACGAAGAAGAGGGUGGAUCCAUACAGGCCCUCAUUGAUUUAUUGCCGUUAGCUGCACCGCUUCUUGAGGAUCUUAGCGAUCCGGAAUCAGAUGUCAACUUAGCGGAGGUACUUCAAAGUGCAAUACCUCUUCUCGAGGGACUUUCAGACCCAAAUGAGGAAGGAGGAAUCGAUAUUCCUGGAGUUUUAGUACCACUCUUCCAAAGACUUAGUGAAGGGCCAGAAGGACAAGGCAGCGAUAUUGGCGCCAUUCUGGGACCUAUCCUUCAACUGACUGCGCCAUUAAUCGGACCUCUUAUAGGACCACUAAUUGGUCCGCUGAGUCGAACCAGCAGCGGUGUAAGAAUUUUAUUUCAUAAAAUUAUGGAGAUUAUUAAGAGCAAAUAUUGCAUAUGUUUUCAAGAUAUAAAAAUACCGGGACCAGAUGGGCAAUCAGUAAUUUCGAGCCUUAUUGCCAGUGUCACUGCCGGAUUAAGUAGAGAAUCGGCCCUUUCAGCAGGUGAUUCAGACAUCAAGACUCUAGUUAGCACACUUGUAUCGAGUCUGCUUGCUGGCACUAGUUCUGGUUCCAGUGACAGUGGUGACAAAGGAGGAGGAGGAGGUAGCAGACCGUAUGGACCACCGUAUGGUCAGAAUGAUACAUAUUAUGCACCUACGACCUACGGGAACACCUAUUAUCCUGACAGAGGUUCUUCAAAUUCAAAUUUCAAAGACGUGCUUACCCAGUCCUUAAAGCAAAUGAUGACUGCUUUCCUCAGAUUGUCAACCACAUCAUCCACCUCAGGUGCAAAUCUGUCUGCCAUGUCGUCGAGUUCCAGCACCGGUCUGUCAGCAGGUUCCUCGGAUUCCUCGGGUGGAUCGGAUAGACCGAGUUAUGGCCCUCCACCACCUGCGUAUAGUCCACCUAUGAAUCUGGCUUAUUCGCCAAGACCCUCUUAUGCGUCCACCAAUUCUCCGUAUGCCCCGAUAUUCACGCGGAGACAAGUAAAGCCAAUAAAGAAAUCUGAAUCGUACGCGUGACUUGUAAUUUAUUUUCUCGUCGGAAGAGUCAUUCUUGCGACGGAUGAAUGCGUCCACACGAUCUUGACAUAAUUGGAAGUGCUUUGGAUUAUUAUUUUUCUUUUGAGUACGAUGAUUUUGCGGAAGGACUUUAUUUCGCGCGGAUGUCACAAUCAUGGCGUUGACGGGAAGUCGUCAACUCAUUGGCAAUCAUGGGCAUACCAGUUGUUUUAUUUAACGGAUGCAAGAUAAUCUAACUGCACAAGGACAGAAACCACGUCAUCGUCGCAAACUUUCGUUUUAGCCUCGUUUAAGUAACCAUUUCCGAAUAAUUAAAUGUGAAAUACACGAACAAAUUACUGGUCAUACUUUGAUGAUUAAGUAUUACAAAAGCCGACUAAAUCAUGAUCAUUAAUAGUAGUGAUAGUGAUAUAUGUAUAAAUAACGUUUUUAUAUAAUAUAUUCGUUAC